UCCUUAAUGGUGAAUUGAUCCAUAAUUUCAUCCUGGGAUUAUAAUCCUCUCGCUUCCAACAAACAGAACAAGCAUAGUUGAAACAAGUCAAGUCGGAAGAAAGGGAGAAAUGCUGAAGCAAACAAUUCAAAGGUGGGAAAGAUGCAUAUCAGCAUCAAGAAGAAGGGGUGAUGGUCAUACGAAACGGAAGAAGCACUUAUUUGGCAAAUGGGUCAGGAGCAUGAGCAGCAGCACCAUUCAAAGUAAUGAUAAUAGGACAACCUGGGACAGUGUUCCAAAGGAGAGAGUGGAGUGUGUGGUGAUAGGGGCUGGUGUGGUUGGCAUCGCAGUGGCAAGAGCCCUAGCACUCAAGGGCAGGGAAGUGUUGGUCGUGGAAUCAGCCCCCACCUUUGGAACAGGAACCAGUUCUCGAAACAGUGAGGUUAUUCAUGCUGGAAUCUAUUACCCUCUCAACUCUUUCAAGGCAAUAUUUUGUGUAAGGGGAAGAGAAAUGUUAUAUGAGUAUUGCUCCAAGCAUGAUAUUCCACAUAAACAAAUUGGUAAGCUUAUAGUGGCUACUCGAUCUUCUGAGAUUCCAAAGCUAAAUGAUAUUUUAAAUUGUGGGAUUCAAAAUGGGGUUGAUGGUUUGAAGAUUGUGGAUGGUGUUGAGGCCAUGAAAAUGGAGCCUGAAUUGCAAUGCGUGAAAGCUAUACUAUCACCUCUCACUGGGAUUGUUGAUUCCCAUUCUUUAAUGCUUUCUUUAGUGGGGGAAGCUGAAAAUCAAGGAACAACCUUCACAUACAAUUCGACAGUCAUUGGUGGCCAUCUUGAAGGAAGUGAGAUUUGUCUUCAUGUGACAGAAACUGACCGUCUUACAGAAUGGAAAGGGACAUCAAUUUUGCAACCAGAACUACUACUAAUUCCUAAACUUGUUGUGAACUCUACAGGCUUAAGUUCCCCUGUCCUUGCAAAGAGAUUUAAUGGCCCAAAAAGUGGAGUUGUUCCUCCUGCUUACUAUGCACGUGGUUGCUACUUCACGUUAUCUAAUACUAAAAACUCUCCUUUCAGACGUUUGAUAUAUCCUAUACCAGAGGAUGGUGGCAUUGGAGUGCAUGUUACUAUAGACUUGAAUGGUCAGGUCAAGUUUGGCCCAAAUGUUGAAUGGAUUGACAGUGUUGAUGAUAUCUCUAGCUUUCAGAAUAAGUAUGACUAUUCAGUAAAUGCAAAUCGAGCUGAGCGUUUUUAUCCAGAGAUAAGAAAGUACUACCCAAAUCUGAAGGAUGGUUCUCUGGAACCUGGAUAUUCAGGGAUUCGACCUAAACUUUCAGGACCCUUGCAGCCACCUUCUGAUUUUGUCAUACAGGGAGAGGACAUUCAUGGAGUACCUGGUCUUAUUAAUCUUUUUGGAAUCGAGUCACCCGGUUUAACAUCAAGCAUGGCAAUUGCAGAAUUUAUUUCUACGAGGUUUUUGUGAUGAUCCAGGCAUAAAGCGUGAAACAUGUAGAUACUGGACAACAUUGAAAUUUGAAAAUCAAAUUGUUACUACCUUUGGUCUUAUAAACAGGACUGGAGGUAGUAUUAUACUUGAAUGUUUGGUUUAACUUAUUUUGAAAAAGGUUUAAUUAUUUAUUUAGUUCCCUAGUUUCCCAACUUA